AGUUGGGAAGAUGGCGGUUGGAUUGUCGCGCUCUCCAGCGGGCUGAGGCAGUCAGCGCGCUCCUAGCGCUUCUGAGACCGACGGGGAGGGUCGGCUGUCAUUGCCACUAUCGCCACCAUGUCGGAACCGGGCCACCUGGGGAUAAAGCGGGCCGAAUCGGCGAGGCUGCGUAGGGCAGAGCAGCUGAAACGUUGGAAAGGCUCCUUGACCGAACUGGAGCCGGUGACUCCCGCCCGGAGCCGGCACCGCGGUGGGGGCCGUGUGCGCUUCGAGGACGGCGCCGUCUUUCUGGCCGCCUGCUCCAGCGGAGACACCGAGGAGGUGAAGCGCCUGCUGGCCCGCGGAGCCCGCCUUAACACGGCCAACGUAGACGGGCUGACAGCGCUACAUCAGGCCUGUAUAGAUGAAAACCUGGACAUGGUAAAAUUUCUGAUAGAAUAUGGAGCCAAUGUAAAUCAGCAAGAUAACGAGGGAUGGACCCCACUUCAUGCAGUUGCAUCUUGUGGCUAUCUGAACAUAGCAGAGUACUUGAUAAGUCACGGGGCCAAUGUUGCUGCUGUGAACAGUGAAGGUGAAGUCCCAUCUGACCUUGCAGAGGAAGCAGCCAUGAAAGAUUUGCUUUUGGAACAAGUAAAGAAGCAGGGAGUGGAUCUUGAUCAGGCCAGAAAAGCAGAAGAACAACAAAUGUUGCAAGAUGCCCGACAGUGGCUAAAUAGAAGGAAAAUUGAAGAGAGAAAGCACCCUCGAACAGGUGCUACUGCUCUCCACGUAGCUGCAGCUAAAGACUACUGUGAGGUGAUGAGACUCUUGAUACAAGCUGGGUUUAAUGUAAAUAUUCAGGACAAUGAUGGAUGGACACCACUCCAUGCUGCUGCACACUGGGGGGUGAAAGAAGCUUGCACUAUUUUGGCUGAAGCACUCUGUGAUAUGGACAUCAGGAACAAGCUGGGUCAAACACCAUUCGAUGUUGCUGAUGAGGGAUUGGUUGAACACUUAGAGAUGUUGCAGAAGAAACAAAAUAUGCUCCGUAGUGAAGAAUCAAACAAAUUAAUUGAAGCUGAUAUGAAUGGUAAAGUUCAAAGUGGACUUUUCAAAAACAAAGAGAUUAUUUAUGAAGCGGAUACUUUGAAAGAGACAGAAGAAGAGAGCAAGGAAUCUAGUAGUUCCAGCUCUGAGGAAGAGGAAGAAGCAGAAGAAGAUGAAGUUUCAGAGUCAGAUACUGAAAAGGAGGCAGAGAACAAAGAAGAGUCUAUUGCAAACCAUUCCAAUCAUGAAUCCAGAAUUCUCAUCACAGAACAAAUACCACCCCCAGAACACAACACUGUUACUAUGGCUCCUGCUAGAAAAUGUAAUCCAUUGCUCAACAAGACUGAAGAACAAAAAGAUGAAUCACCAUCAUCAUGGAGGCUAAGCUUGCGGAAAACUAGCAGCCAAAAUGCACUUAGUGAGGGCAGCAUGCCCUGUGACACUCUCAAAGAGAAAGGCAGCUCCAUCUAUUACUCUUCUUCAACCCCUCGGAUAUCUGCACUAUUAGAUAAUCAAGAGAAGCAGAACAAGGAUAAUAGAAUCUAUUUUGCUUCAAUAUCCCCUCGAAGAUUAAAUAAUACAGGUGACAUUGAAGAAAAGGAAAACCGAGAAUCUGCUGUUAACUUGGUGCGGAGUGGUCCUUACUCUCGUCAACAAUGGAAAGAGGAUCCAAAGGGGAAUGAAGCCGCUACAACUGGUGCACCUUCCACCUAUGUAUCUACCUAUAUGAAAAGUGCUUCAUUUGGUAGAAGUAGUCCCUACAUUUCAGCUAAUCGCAAUGCAUCUUCUACUACCUCAUCUACUAUUCUUGAUUCAUCUACCUCAUUGGGCACAGAGUGGCAAAUUGCCCCUUGUCCAACAUCUACCAGGUCUAACACUACAACAUCAGUUUACCAGUCUACCAGAGCCCCUUAUCGACAACAAACUGACUCUACUGCAGAGAAGAGCACAGAGGCUGUCUCCUCUAGCAUUCCAUUAAGUGUCAUAACAAAUCUCACUGUACCUGGAAGUUCCAAUGGUGUUACAACUACUAAUUCUAACUCACUGACUGAAACAGAGUCAUCUACUGGUGAUGCCAGGGAUCGAAGAAGGUCAUAUCUGACACCUGUAAGAGAUGAAGAAGCAGAAUCUCUAAGGAAAGCUCGAUCUAGGCAAGCUCGUCAGACUCGCAGAUCUACCCAGGGUAUAACACUUACAGACCUGCAAGAGGCAGAGAAAACUUUUAGCCGGUCUCGAGCAGAGCGGUUUACUCAGGAACAGCCAAGUGAAAGAUCAGACAGGCUCAGAGCUAGUGACGGAAGCUGUGGAAAACAAGAAGAUAUUGCCAGAACAGAAUCCAGGGAGUUCAACUCACCAUGGACUAGAAACAUAGAUGAAGAGUCUUCCAGUCGUCGAUUGAGAUACCUGGCACAACAAGACAAACCUACAACUGCUGUCUCUCCUUCCUUAACUUCCAAUCUUUAUUCAAGUUCUCACAUGCCCAAAACAAAUCGAUGUGCAUCUUCUGAUUCAUUGAGCUCAGCAGAUUACCAAAGCACAUCAGCUGGCAACAUGGAGAAAAAUGAAUACGAAGGUCAGGACCUGGAUGACAGAACUUCAAACAAGCAGUCAGUAAGAGAGAGAAGGCGACCAAAAGAAAGACGGAGAGGCACUGGAAUCUCUUUCUUUACAAAGGAUGAUGAAGAAAUAGAUGGUACUGAAGAAAUAAUGGAGGACAAGCAUGAAAGGCUCUCCAGGCUGGAUUCAGCAAGUUCAAACACUGGCACUAUUGAUACCUCUAGUGAUCGACCCUCAGGCCGCAGUAGUGCCUAUACCAGAAGAGCCGCUCUGAGCAACAGAACAGAAGAUGAUAGUAUCAAGGAUUACAAAAAGAUGUAUGAGAGUGCCCUGUCUGAAAAUCAGAAACUGAAAUCUAAACUGCAAGAUGCCCAGGUGGAACUCACAGAUAUUAAGUCAAAAAUGGACAAACUAAAUCAGCAGAAACUGGAGAAAAGCUCAGAUCGUUCAAGCAUGCUUGAGAUGGAAAAAAGGGAAAAACGAGCCCUUGAACGGAAGCUUUCUGAAAUGGAAGAAGAGAUGAAGAACCUUCAUCAGCUCAAACAGAUUCACACUUUGAGACAGAUGAAUGAGCAACUGCUGGCCGAAAACAGGGCUUUGACCCGGGUGGUAGCCAGGCUCUCGCAAUCCGCUGAGCCCCCAGAGUCAGAAGAGCUAUAGCACCUCCCCUUCCAGUUGAUCUCACCUCUCCUUCCAUUCUUCCAGGUUUUGACAGAGUUGAAGUCAGACAAUCAGCGACUGAAAGAUGAGAAUGGAGCACUCAUCCGAGUCAUCAGUAAACUCUCAAAGUAACAUAUUGAACAAAGGAUGGGCAGAAAGAGGAGAUUUCUGUGCACAAGCUGUCAACCCUGCCACCUGCUUCUGAUUUUCCAAUCGAAAGAACUGCUGGCAAUUUAGUCAUGGACCAGUUGGCAACAUACACAGCUCCUUGCACUUGCUGGGCAUUUUUAUUUUGCACAGUGCUUACCCUGCCCCUUUCUUCUAAAAGCAUGCCACACCACAAGUUUAUUAUUUUUACAGUAUUGGAGUAAUUUAUUCAAAGAGACAAAGAGUGAUUGGCACUGUCUGAACUAUUUAAACCAUCUGCUGUAAACCCCAUAUGCAUCCAACCUUAAUCUGAUGUAAAGAAGUAUCUACUGUAAUAAGUAAUAUAGAAGUGACUAUAGUGUCAAUUGAACAUGUCUUAAGAUACUGUCAUGGAAUAGGAAUAGGGAGUGAAAUGGAAUUACUCUUCUUCCUGGAAUUUAGGAGUCUGCAAUCUAUGAAAAACAUGAUGGUUUAUUUCUUUGGGAGUCUCAUAAUGGUGUCUUGCCUUGGAAAUACAUAUUCUACGUAUCUCUCAGUACUUAAUAUACUUUAAUAUUGGAGCCCAAUAAUUGUUUUCCCCUUCUUUCCAGCCCUCCUCAAGAUGCUUCCUACUAUUUUGUUUCAUGGUUGUUUUCUCUAGAACUAUUUAAUAGAUGAUUACACCUUAUAACUUCCACAUUCUUUAACACACAUUAUGGUCCCUUUUUCUGUCAAGAAUUCUGGUGGAAGGACGUCUAACAGCAAAAACUGCUUAGGGUGGAUUUCCACUUGUAUAAAAUAUGUAGGAUGUAUCUGCACAAUCCAUCAGCAUAUCUUUAUGAGCAAAAUAAUUAAUUUACCAGUGAAGUAAUAACAUUGUGGUACAAAUAAGUUGGAUUUAAGAUAAUGUUCAAUAGACGCAAAACUGAAAACACAAAAGUAUUCUCAGAGUUUAAAAUGGAAGAAGGCUGAUGGUUAGAGGUGCUUAGCCCAGUACAAAAUGCUCUCUCAGUCUUGGUGGAGAGCCUUUUUAAAAUUAUACUAAUGUUUGAGAAAUUUAAUGCAAUGUUUCAUUUGCGCAAUUGUAAACAUAAAUGCAUUUGUCUUUAAUAUCAACAGUAAGAUCAGUAGCACUCACACCCUGGUUUCUGGUCAUACUGGAAAUGAAUACAUUAACUUUUAUAGACUCUCAGAAUACUACCUGCCUCAGAGACUGUGCUUCUCUAGUUAUAACAAUGAGAUUUCACUUGCAGCACUUAAUAUAUUUUUCCAAAUCCUGGCUACUGCAUUUAUUUUCUUUCUCCCUUUGUAUUCCAAAGCAUGAUAUCUCAUUUUGAAGCUACACUUUUUGAUCUAGAUUUAGUCAGUUUUCACACUGAUUAGAACAGAGCCUUUGGAAUGUAAGAAAAGCAGCUAUACAUAGGUACAAGUGAGCAGUAGUCUUCAGACCUUUUUGCCAUCAUUGCUCAAUAGUCAACACAAUGUGGCUUUUUUAAUCUAUUGUGGACUACUAUAACAAAGAGAUGACUGACCUUUUCUCUUUCAUCUUUUUGUUCUGUGUACUCAUGUAUUCUUCUUGCUUUUAUUAGCUACAAUGAAAUGCAGAAUUUUGUUAAGCGCCAGGAGUUGCCACCUAUGAGCUGACUAAUUCAGAUAUUGGUUGUAUAAACAUAUCAAAGUCUGAUGUAGUGAUCAGUGCAUUUACUGUACUUAGAGCUUUCUAGUUUAGCUCUAAGGCUCUCAACAGCCCAUUUGUUUCCUCUAUUCACCUUUUGGGGAACUUUGGAUAUUGUCCAGGUUUCAAAGUAAGUCUAACAACUAUAUAUGGAAGCUAAAUACCGUAAAUGCCGGCGUAUAAGGCGACUUCCGCGAGCGCUGAAAUCGACGCCAAAGAUGGGGGUCAUCUUAUACACCGAGUCGUCUUAUACGCCGGAAAUACUGGUAGUUUCCGGCGUAUAAGAUGACGUUCUAGGAAUGCGGCCCAGCUAUAAAGACGGGGGUCGUCUUAUACGCCGGGUCGCCUUGUACGCCGGCAUUUACGGUACAUUUUGUCAUUGCAAUGAAUUUUAUUCAUGAUAUUGCUUUUCUACUGCCUAACUUAUUUCAGUCCCAUAGAGGAUUGCAGGGGGAUAUGAACAAAAGAUUUUUAGUAAGUCCUGUCAAGCUCUACCAUAAACAGUCAUGAACAUGAAAAAAUAAUCAUUCUGUAAGAGUUCCUGCAUACUACUGUCAUUUUAUACCUGGAAUGUAGUAACUUAAACCAACCUCAGUUUUAAUAUCCAGAAAUCAAAGGAGAAACAUUAAUAAGCAUACUGUGAAGAAUUGUGCCCUAUCUAGUCUAGAAUUUUCUGAGCUGAUUAAUCAUGAUACAAUCCAAUAUGCUCACCAUAAAAUGUUUUAUUGGGGGGGCAAGGGGAUAAAAACAUGGAUGUCAUUAAGAUGAAUGGCAACAUAUUAACAGUUUAGACCUAAAUAUUUUUUUCUUACCUUCAUACUGUUUUAUCCUGAUGCAAAGAAAAUCUUAGUCCAGUUCCAAAAGCUGAAAUAUGAAUGAGAUUUGUUCCUUCUCUCAAAAAAUGGCGAAAAGGAAACUCUUGAAUGGAAGUUAUUUAUUUCAUUUGAAUUAAACACUACAACUAUCAACCCAAGAACUAGUAUAUGGUUUAAUAUCUUAUUCUAAAAUUUUCAUUUGAAACCAGGAAGUAUUUCCAAGAAACUCCCUGAUUUAAUGAGAGGUUGAAUGUGUGCAUCGGCAAAAAGACCUGUUCAUGUUUAAAUCAAUUAUUUUAAGGUUUUUUUUAUAUGAUCAAGUAAACUUUCCUCAAGAAUUCAGGACUACUUGUUUUUAAAAGAUAUCAAGAACAAAAAUAUUACUCCCGUCAUUGGUUAUUGCUCUGACCUAAUUAAGUUUAGAUUCGGAUGAAUGUUCUGUUUUAAUUGUGCAGUCAGCUAAAAUGUUCUCUGCAUAAGUUGCAAAUGAUAGAGGAGAAUGGUUGAAAGUCUAGUCUGUGACAUGAAUGCUUUCAAGCUUGUGGAUAAGAGAAGUUUUUAUUUAAAAUGGGAAAUGAAUGGUUCUUCUUUGGUUCUUGUUUCUGAAAGCUUUCCCCUGUGAAUUUUUCCAAAUCCUUGUGCAAACACUUUAAGAAGCAUAAGAAGAAAAACAAUUUUAUUCCUUUCAAAUCGAAAGGAAUGUUCAGUGGGAUUUGGCUACUAAGAAUUAAGUUUUAUAUGAAAUUAGAGGUUUUACAUGUUAAAAAACUAAGUAUAGGAAAACAGCUAUAAAUAGGGAAGAAAGUCUUACUAGCCAUUUAGUGAUAGAUUGGUUUACAUUACAAGAAGGCUGUCUUCCUAGUAAUAUGGAUAAACUCAUAGAACAUAAAAGGUUGAGGGAAAAGCAUUUCAGAAGACAGGAUUUUGUAGGUGCAAGAGCAAGUAGAUAUGAGUACAUUUGUAUUUAAGAAAAGUUUACUUAGUAUUUAUUUGUUUCUAUCCAUAUUAUUUUACUGUUAAUGGAAACAAUUCAUGGGUGAAAUCUGGAUGAUCAGGGAGCAUUAGAUGAAUCUAACUUGAUCAUUUUCCAAUGCAUUUGAUUUUUACUAUUGGAAACUAAUCUAGAGUCAUUGGCAUACCACUUUCUUCUUUUCUCUUAAGGGAUGUUUAUAUUAAUAAUUACCAUUUAAAACACUUAUUCCCAUGGAAUAACUCAACUAUAACACUAAACAUGUUGCUGUUUGCUGAUAAAGCAGUGUUUCCCAAACUUGACAAUUUUAAGGCAUGAGGACUUCAACUCCCAGAAUUCCACAGCCAGCAACGCUGGCUGUAGAAUUCUGGGAGUUGAAGUCCACAUGCCUUAAAAUUGUCAAGUUUGGGAAACACUGUGAUAAAGCAUUGAAUAUAGAUUAAACACAACCCAUGGACUAUCACUGAUACAUAAAAGAUUAAGGUUUGUUAUUUCUUAGGACAAAAAAUGAGAUACUUAUGGCCCUUCAAAUGAUUCUGAAAUCUCAGCAUCCGUCACCAUUGAACAUGAUGGUUGAGGAUUCUGUAGUUCAGUAAUUUCAGGACACUUCACUUCCCCCAUUCCUGCUUUAGACUAAAGUUAACAUUUGUCCCUAACUGAAUGAUAUAAAUGUAAAAAAAAAUGUAACGUAUAUGUCCCUUCUUGGACAUCUAAUGAAUAACCAACCCAUACAAAUAUUUUGUUAUUGUGAAUGUAGUCCUCUGCCCCCAUUUAAACCUGGACCAUUGGGUUAUCAAGUUCUUUCAAAUUACUAGGAUGUGAAAAGUAACCAAAAUAUUUUCCCCAAAUUGUGGAGGGUUUUGAGGAAGAGGACCCAGUGUACACCAAUAGGACUUCUACAGUGUAUAUGCAGAUGUCUCUCAACACAUUCUUUUCAAUUAUUUUAGUGCUUACCAGAACCUAAAAAUGAAGUUAUUUUGACAGGAUUUUUCGCAAAUUGAAUGUCCCCUCACAAAGAAUUGUCCUUGACCAUUCACAUAUAUGCAUUUUUAUGAAGUCCUUCAGCUUUGCUACAAUAGGCUUCGUUUUUCUCUCUUUGACCUUCCAGCUCCACUCAGCUUGCUGCCAUGUUAGCUAACCUGAGAGGAAAGCUUCUGACUUCGGGAUAUUAAAUAUGGGAAGCAGAAAGUCUAUAUCUCAAAGGCAACUAUAAUAUCUUUGUUUCAAGCUUUCAGUUUCCCAGGACUUUUUCUUUGAAUGGUGUGUUUCGAUCACAUUUAUUCUGUGUUUGAAAUAUUUUUGUGUGAUUCUACUAGAGUUAGCAUAUUCCAAGAAGAGUUUGCUUUUGUUUUUGCUUUUUUAACCAAGAUUACUUCUUAGCAACUUACUGAUGAAUUCAAUCACUUCCCAAGAUUCCUUUAUUUCAUGGGGCAAGUUGAACUCUGGGUGAAUAUAACUUUGUAUGUUCUUGAGCCAACAGAAGGGUCCAAAUUAUGUUAAAAUGUGUAUCUUUCCACUCCUGUUUAGUAUAUAAUAUUGAGGAAAGUCAAAAUCUCUUACUGUAAAAGCUAUUCCUGAAAAAAGAACAGCAUCCUACUGUUGGCUCAUUAACUUCCCACAUGCAAAUAUGCUAAGUGUUUUCUGUUUUUAAAAAAUAUUUUACAGUUCUUUGUAAAUAACUAAUUGGAGAAAAGAGUGGCUUGUGCGUGAAGGAAGAGAAUGUAUUUUUAUGCAAUGUUUUUUGAGUGGCCUUCCAAAUUUUGAGAUGAAUGUUUUUGUUUUCCUGAUUGUUACAUAGUAUUCUAAGUAUUAUAUGUUUGAAAGUUUGAGGAUAAUAUUCACAUCUAUAUUGCUUGUAAACACAACAGUAUUUAUAAAUGAAUAAAACAAAUGCUUUAAUGUUG